AUGCAGGCCACAACUGCUCCACACCGCUCCGGCUCCACUCCUGAGAAAACCAUGCCGGGAAAAAACUGCUUUGCCUUCCUGAAGGGUCAGCGUCAGAGGAAGUCUGGCGUAGAUGCUGAGCCAGAGGAGAGUCCAGGGAGCAGCAGCCACAGUGGCAGCAGCGGCAGCAGCCACAGCAGCAGUAGCAGCAUCAGUGGGGCUGUAGAUGCCCUCUCAAAAGCUCCACCCCCAGCCCUCCCUCAGGCCUCUGUGGGAGAGCCUGGACAGAGAGGAGACAGCUCCUGCUCUGACAGUUCUGUAGAGUCCAGCUCUAGUGAGGAGGAGGAGGACGAGGAGGAGGAAGACCCCGCUAUGUUCUCCUCCAAGUUCCUCAGUGGGGCCAACCCCCUCAAUGCUGUGUCCUCUGCUGUGAAUAAGUUUGGUUUAUUUGGAGACGAUGGGGAGGGGGGUAAAAAUACAAAACCUCCUCCCCAGCAGGGGCCAAAGCCACAUGGAGGAGAGCAGCCAGGAGCAGGUCUUGGCAAAGGCCCUAAACAGCAGCAGCAGCAGCAGGGAGCCCAAAAAUCAGGGCAGGUCCCCCCUAUGCAAAAGAGCCAGCCAUCUUCGAAACAAGGAUCACCACAGCUGCAUGGAAAUGGACAAGCUGGGCUCCCGAAGAAGGCUGGUGGGCAACAAGCUGCUCCAAAGGCAGACGCACAGCCUGGAGGUCAACCUAAGGUCCCAAUUCAGCAAGGUUCACCUAAACCUGGAGCUCAACAACAGAUUACAUCUAAGAGUGGAGCUGAACCAGUUUCUCCAAAGGCAUCAUCUCAACAACAGGUUCCACCGCAGACAGGGACACAACAACAAGAUCCUGCAAAGACUGGGGUGCAAGGGUCCACGAAGGCUGGGCAACAAAAACCUGGCUCACAGCAAAGUUCACCUAAAGUAGGACAGCAACAGCAGGUGUCACCACAAACUGGACCACGACAGCCGGGUUCCCCUAAAGUUGCACAACCGGGCUCACCAAAGGUGGGUCAGCAGCAGCAACAGCAGCAAGGCCUCAGGACUACAUCACAACAGCAGUCCUCUGAAAAACCUGGACCCCAGCAACAAGGCCUAAAGGGGCCGAGUACACCAGGCCAGUCACCACUGGCAGCAACGAAAGCUGGAUCUCAUACAAAACAAGUCGUUAAGCCCCUUUGCCCAGUUUGUAACACAACAGAACUCAAUAUUCAUACCAAGGAACCACCUAACCACAAAACCUGCACACAUUGUAAAAGUGAAGUGUGCAGCUUGUGUGGCUUCAGCCCUCCAGACUCUGAUGGGCGUGAGUGGCUUUGUCUUACCUGCCAGAUACAGAGAGCCCAAGGAACUUCUGAAUCAUCAGGACCUGCCAUGAAAAAGCCCACACCGAGCAAAGUUGAACCUGUCAAAAAAGAGAUGUCAGCACCAGGUUCACCUCAGAAAGUGCAGAUUAAAGCUGAAGCUGCGAAAGGGCCAGAAAGUCCCAAACAGCGCAACCCAGCUGCUCAAAAUAUGACACCUGAGACCCAACGAGCAUCAGGGUCUCGAAAACCAGACCAGACUAGUCAAACUGGACGUAAGCAAAGCACUGCUUCCUCAGCUUCCCAGCAGGAGUCGGGAAGUUUAUUUGGGUUUGGUGGUGCUAAGAGUGAAUCUGCAAAGCCCCAGGAGUCAGUGACUGGGAAGAUGUUUGGUUUUGGUUCCUCCAUUUUCAGUUCUGCGUCUACUUUGAUAGCCUCAGCUGUUCAAGAUGAACCCAAAAUAACACCGCCAGUUUCUCCCAAAAUUCAGACAAAAAAGGAGACCAAACCAUCAUCUGGCCAAAUGUCAGAACAAGACAAGAAGCAUGAGCCACCCCAGCAGGCAAAGGCCGAAGGUGACAAACUUCCAUCAGUGACUCCAAAGCCUGCUAAAGCAGGGCAGUCCACAUGUCCACUCUGUAAGGUUGUGCUCAACGUGGGCUCGAAGGAGAUUCCCAACUACAACUCCUGCACUGAAUGCAAAAGCAUUGUCUGCAACCAGUGUGGAUUUAACCCCAUGCCAAAUGUUAAAGAGGUAAAGGAGUGGCUUUGUCUAAACUGCCAGGUUAAGAGAGCUGCUGCAGCAAGUGAAACUCAGAAAGAUACAUCUUUGGUCAGUUCAUCUCCAAAAAAGCCUGCAACAGCACAACCAAUACAACAAAGGACUUCUUUACCAGGGUCUCCACUUAGUAAAGGAUCUACACCAGCUGCACAACCAGUCAAGGCUGAAGCUGCUAAAGGACCAGGUGGUCAUAAAGAGGCCAACCCAGCUCCUGGUCAGAAAACACCACAGCAGAGUCAAGAAACUGGCCCUCAGAAAAAAACAGAACAGACAGGCCAAACUACACAAAGGCAAGGUAGUGCCACUGCAGUUAAACAACAAGAUUCAGGAGGCUUCUUUGGCCGAGGUGGUCCAAAGCCAGAUGAUACAAAGCCUGUAGAAUCAGUGACAGGAAAGAUGUUUGGUUUUGGCUCAUCAAUCUUCAGUUCUGCAUCUACUUUAAUUUCCACCGCUGUUCAAGAAGAGCCCAAAAUCACACCACCAGUCUCUCCUAAAAUACCACCUGCAAAGGGCACCAACUCCCCCAUGAAACCUGAUCCAGAGAGGAAACCAGAACUACAGCAGGCCAAGAUUUCUUCAGCAGAGCAGCUGAAAGGAACACAUUCUCCUUUAAAGCAAAAGCCAGCUUCCCCAGUUAUUUCUAAAGCAGUCCAAUCUACAUGUCCUCUCUGUAAACUGGAUCUCAAUGUGGGCUCUAAAGAUCCACCCAACUUUAACAUCUGCACAGAGUGCAAAAAUACUGUCUGUAACCAAUGUGGAUUUAGCCCUAUGCCAAAUGUCAAGGAGGUGAAUGAGUGGUUAUGCCUCAACUGCCAGAUGCAGAGAGCACUUGGAGCAUCUGAGCCUCCAGGAACCCCUAUGAUGAAAACACAGGCCUCACCAAAUAAAGUUCCUGCAUCUGCCAAUGCUCUAAAGAAAGAAAUCCCCCCAACAGACAAACCUCAGAGCAAAGACAUUCCAACACAAGUUGAAUCUAAAUUAAAGGAGGUCUCUGCACCAGGAUCCCCUCAGAGUAAACCACCAGCAGAACAGAAAGGAAAGGCUGAUGUGAAAGGACCAGAAAUUCAGAAGCAGGGCAGCCCAGUUCCCCGUCAUAAAACUCCACAACAUGGCCAGAAAACUUCAGACCAAACAAGUCAAUCUGGACACAAACAGAGUAACAGUGCCACUACUAGACAAGAUGAAUCUGGGGGGUUCUUUGGAUUUGGUAAUUCUAAACCUCAACCUGAUGCUACAAAGCCUACGGAAUCACUGGGUGGAAAAAUGUUUGGUUUUGGUUCCUCCAUAUUCAGUUCUGCAUCAACUUUAAUAAACUCAGCUGGCCAAGAUGAAUCCAAAACAACACCACCAGUCUCUCCCAAGAUGUCCACUGCAACAGCAGCCAAAUCCCUCCAAAAACAAGAACAGGGGAAGAAACUUGAGCAGGACCAAAAAACCAAGGCAUCUCCGUUGUUACAAGCCAAUAAAGAAAAAGCUCCACAAGGCUUGGUCAUGCCCCCAGUUGUUCCCAAAGCAGGGCAAUCUACCUGUCCACUUUGUAAGGUGGAACUCAACUUUGGCUCCAAGGAACCUCCCAACUACGAUACCUGCACUGAAUGCAAAAACCUAGUCUGUAACCAAUGUGGAUUUAAUCCGAUGCCUAAUGUUUCAGAGGUGAAAGAAUGGUUAUGCCUCAAUUGUCAAAUGCAGAGAGCUCUGAGUGCAUCUGAACUUACAGGGCCUCCUAUGAAAUCGGCGAGUACAGCCAAUAAAAUGUCUCCAUCUGUGGUGCAUCAGAAAAUAACGACUCAUAAUCAAGUGGAUGCUCCAAAGAAGGAACUGCCAAAAUCGGAUGCACCUAAAAAGAAAGAGAAUCCAAUGUCUGAUACAGUACAAAAGGAGGGGGUUAUCACACAAGGUUCUCCACAGAAGACACAUAAUACAGCAGUAACACAGGCAGAGAAGGCUGACAAGAGAGCACAAAAUAAAUCACGGGCUAGUCCAACCCCUGACCAGAAAACUCCUCGGGAUAUAAAUGGAGCAUUAGGUUCCCAGAAACCAUCUGACCAGACAAGUCAACCACACAGUAAUGUGACACCAGAUCCACAGCUGAAGUCAGGAAACAAAGUUGGUGCAAGUGGACCUGCAAUGGGACCUGAUACUUCUAAAACAACAGAGUCCAUGACUGGGAAGAUGUUUGGAUUUGGUUCCUCCAUUUUUAGCUCAGCAUCCACUUUGAUAUCAUCUGCUGUUCAGGAAGAAUCACACACCACACCACCGGGGUCACGUAAGAUGUCUGCACAAUCACAAGUUUCUCCCAAGAUUUCUCCAAAAGAUCUAUCAGCAGUUUCUCCCAAAAUGUCGCCAGCAAAAGAGACCAAAACAGUUGUUCAAAAGUCAGAACAUGAGAAGAAACUAGAGGAAUCCCACCUUAGCAAAGAGGAUAAAGCUCCAUCACAGCUGGCAAAGGCAAAAACUGUGUCCAAAACAUCUCCACACCAGACCAUCUGUCCACUGUGUAAGGUGGAGCUUAACAUUAACUCCAAGGAGCCUCCAAACUACAACACUUGCACUGAGUGCAAGACCACUGUCUGUAACCAAUGUGGAUUCAACCCCAUGCCUAUUGGGGAGGUGCAGGAAUGGCUAUGUCUGAACUGUCAGAUGAAGAGAGCAAUUGGAGUGUCUGAACCCCCAGGGAUUCCGACAAUUAAAUCCCAGACUUCACCAAGUAAAGCUCCUUCACCCACUGCAGCCCAGAUGAAGGAUUCCUGCAAAACAGCUGCACUUCAAAAGACAAACAUUCCAGGCUCUGCUUUACAAAAGAAGGAGAGCUCAGAACCACUACAGCAAAAACAGUCCACACCAUCAGUUCAGUCUGGCAAACCUGAAGCCCCCACUUCACCUUUAAAACAGGGCAGCCAGGAACAACAGAAAAAAGGUCCAGUCAAGCUACUAGAUCAGGCAAGUCAACCUGGAAGUAAGCAGAGUAAUGCUCCUGCAGCAACACAGCAAGAGACCGGAGGGUUAUUUGGCUUUGGUAGUCCUAAAUCUCAGCCAGAUGCUGCAAACCCUGCUGGGUCAGUGAGUGGGAAAAUGUUUGGCUUUGGUUCCUCAAUCUUCAGUUCUGCAUCUACUCUGAUAACUUCAGCAGCACAGGACCAACCUAAGACCACUCCGCCAGUUUCACCGAAAAUGUCUGUAAAAGAGGUAGCUGUCAAAAAGAAAGAAGAUCAAGGGAAGCUGCCACAGCUGCAGCAGCAGACCAAGACACUUCCAUUGGAAGAGACCAACGUGGAAAAGGCAUCUUCAGAGCUUCCAAAAACUUUAGGAAGCUCCCAAUUGGCUGUUAAACCAGGUCAAUCUACAUGUCCACUGUGUAAAGCUGAACUCAAUGUUGGGUCUAAGGAUCGGCCAAACUUCAGUACCUGUACUGAAUGCAAGAAUGAUGUGUGUAACCAGUGUGGCUUCAAUCCCAUGCCAAAUGAAACAGCGGUGAAGGAAUGGUUAUGUCUCAACUGCCAGAUGCAACGGGCUCUUGGAGUAACACAGCAUCCAGAGGUCACCUCUGUCAGAUCUCAAAUACAUGCAAAACCUGACACCAUCACUCCACCUAAAGAAGAAAAGUCAGACUCAUCAGCACCUAAGUCACCUCAGCGGAAACUGUCUAUAACAGCACAGACAGCCACAACUCAGGAGGAUAAGAAGGCAAUGUCAGUUUCUCCUCAGAAAAUGCCACAUGAACCACAUAAGACAAUUGGUCUUCACAAAUCACCAGACAUUGCAAGGAAAACUGAACUGAAACCGGGUAACACAGUAGGGCAGCCAGAAUCAGGAGGCUUAUUUGGUUUUGGUGGUGGAAAAACUCAACCCAGUCCUGCAAAGCCUACAGAGUCAAUGGGGGGUAAAAUGUUUGGCUUUGGCUCUUCCAUUUUUAGUUCAGCCUCGACGUUGAUGACCUCAGCUGUUCAGGACCAGCCUAAGACUACACCUCCAGUUUCUCCAAAGAUGUCUCCUGCAAAAGAGAUCAAAUCCUCUGCUCUACAGAAGAAAGAAGAUCAGAAUAAAUCAGAACUCCAGCAAACCAAGGCACCGCCAUUCGUACAGGCUAAAGUUGAGAAAGCCACAGCAGAGCUUCCAAAGGCUGCACCUGCCACACAGAGCACUGCCAAACCAGGCCAGUCUACAUGUCCACUCUGUCAGGUUGAACUCACCAUUGGGUCUAAGAGUCAGCCUAACUACAGUACCUGUACAGAAUGCAAGAAUACUGUCUGUAACCAGUGUGGCUUCAACCCCAUGCCAAAUGUGUCAGAAGUGAAGGAGUGGUUGUGCCUGACCUGCCAGGUUCAAAGAGCUGUAAAGACAGCAGAAACGGCAAAUCCUCCACAGAUGAAAACCCAGGCAUCAUCUAACAAAGUUUCCACACCUGCUUCUGCUCCAAAAGAUGUCACUGCUAAUCAUAAGUCAGAUAUUGUUUCUACACAAAAAGAAGACAUGCCAGACAAAAAACAGGACAGUUCAAUUCCAGGUGCACCACAGAAAGAGGAAACUAAAACCCAACUUCAAACUGAUAAUAGCCAAGCAUCAACCUUUGUUGCAAAGGAGACCCAAGAUGCUGUGUCGGCCUCAACAAAAGAUGAGAAAAAUGCCUCAUCAAUUACUGCUAAACCUUCUCCUAUCAGCACUGAUAUUCAAAUGUCUGUUGAGAAGAAAAAGGAUCUUACUCCACCAAGUUCUCCUGCAAUUAAGGUAGUAUCAGUACAGAAUGAGAAGAAACCUGAAGUAGUUAAAGAAUCUUCUGAUCAACUGUUGAAGUCUGCUGAUCAAGUAAAGCCCCAAAAAGCACAAAGCAAAGACUCAAACCUUGAAAUCUCUGUUGCCAAAUCUGUGCAACCAGAAGCACCGCCAACACAUGAAGAAUCAGGACGGCUCUUUAGUUUUGGUAGUCCUAAAUCUCAGCGUGCCGACUCAAAAACUACUGAGACUGUGACUGGGAAGAUGAUGGGAUUUGGUUCAUCCAUUUUUAGCUCAGCAUCCAAUGUGAUAACAUCUGAAGUUCAGGAAGAGUCCCGCGCAACAAAAGAAACCUCUCGCAAAAUGUCUGCUCCUGCGCAAGUGUCUGACAAGAUGUCUCCAAAGUCUAGUCCCCCAAUUUCUCCGAGAAGCACUUCAGCAACGGAGGUUAAACCUCCUACUGCUCAGAAGGUACACCAGGAAAAAGAAGACCAGACUAUACAGGUCAAGGCUCCUCCAUCAGGACAGACCCAAGUGGAAAAAGGUCCAUCAGAGCCUGCAAAACCAGAUCACCCCCAAGCAUCAACAAAAGUGAACCAGUCUUGUCCACUCUGUAAAGCAGAACUUAAUAUAGGCUCCAAGGAUCUACCUAACUACAAGACCUGCACAGAAUGCAAAACCAAUGUCUGCAACAGAUGUGGAUUUAGCCCUAUGCUAAAUGUAACCGAGGUAAAGGAAUGGCUAUGCCUCAACUGUCAGAUGCAGAGAGCACUUGGAGCUUCUGAACCCCCAGGCCUCCCCAUGAUAAAACCCCAACUUCUCUCAAGCAAAGGUGUCCCUGUCACCACACAGAACAAAGAAACCCCAGUGUCAAGUUCUCCUGAAGACAAAAAGGAUCUUGUUAAUGUGAUUACAACCAAAGAAACGGAAUCCCCAACCCUUGAUGAUCCAACAAAGAAAAGCACCUCUAAAGCUGCUCCAGCUAUCACAAAGACUGAUUCCCAAAAACCUCCUGAAGAGAUUCCCAAAAAAGAACCUGGUAAACCCCAGCAGCAGCCUGCAAAAACCAUGACUGCUCCUGCUGAGUCUGCUCCUCGACCAAAUCCAGAGGCAGGGAAAUCAUCUCCAAAGCAGCCCCCAAAACCUGGGACUUCUUCCGCUAAAUCUGUACCUCCAUCAGCUCCAACUCAACCUGCUAAACAGGAGUCAGGAGGCUUAUUUGGCUUUGGUGGUCCUAAAAUACAGCCUGCCACAGCAAAGCCAGCUGAGUCGGUGACAGGAAAAAUGUUUGGCUUUGGGUCAUCUUUCUUGAGUUCUGCAUCCACUUUGAUAACCUCGGCUGUCCAGGAUGAAUCUAAAACUACACCGCCGACUCCACGUAAGAUGUCCACUACAUUCCAGGUUUCUCCUAAAACUACACCACCAGCCUCUCCUAAAACGAUGCCCGCAAAGGACACCAAGCCCCCUGUUGUGCAGAAAACUGAUGAGAGGAAACCAGAGAAAACCCAGCAGGACAAGACUUCUACAACUGUACAGGCCAAAGUGGAUAAAGCUCCAUCAGUGCCUCCAAAAGCACCAGCAGACAUCCAAGGUGCUCCAAAAACUGAUCAGUCUGUCUGUCCACUGUGCAAGGUCGAACUAAAUGUGGGCUCCAAAGACCCCCCCAACUACAACACUUGCACACAAUGCAAGAUGACAGCCUGCAAUCAAUGUGGAUUUAGUCCAAUGCCAAAUAUGACAGAGGUAAAGGAAUGGCUUUGUCUGAACUGCCAGAUGCAGAGAGCCCUGGGAGUAUCUGAGUCUGCUGGACCUCAGCCUGUAGCUAAACCUCAGGCUUCUCCAAUCAAAGCUUUUACACCUCCUCUAUCUGAACAGAUGGAUAUACCAACACUAUCCCAGAAAGAGAAAACUACAGAAUCUACAACAGUCAAAAAAGAGGUCACUCCGUUCAAAAAAGAAACCCCCAAAGCUGAGGCCAAACCUAUACAAGAGAGACAGGAUAUUGCAAGUACCAAACAAGGAAAGGCCCAAGAUUUAGCUCAGCAGCAGAAGCAGCCUGGUGAAAAAACUCCACUAGUGCAGCUUUCGCAAACUACCAAGCCAGAAGUAAAGACUGGCCCUGCAAAACAAGAUCCAGCAAAACAACUACAACAGCCUCCAAAAUCUGUGACCCCUCCUACAAAAUCUGCACCACCAGUCUCUCAACCAGCUCAACCCCAGCCGCAGCCUGCAAAACCAAUAACUGCUCCUCGACCAGAUCCAGAGGCAGGGAAAUCAUCUCCAAAGCAGCCCCCAAAACCUGGGACCUCUCCCGCCAAAUCUGUGCCUCCAUCAGCUCAACCUCCUAAACAGGAGUCAGGAGGCUUCUUUGGCUUUGGUGGUCCUAAAACACAGCCUACCACAGCAAAACCUGCUGAGUCAGUGACAGGAAAAAUGUUUGGCUUUGGAUCAUCUUUCUUGAGUUCUGCAUCCACUUUAAUAACAUCAGCUGUCCAGGAUGAAUCUAAAACUACACCACCGACUCCACGUAAGAUGUCCACCGCAUUCCAGGUUUCUCCUAAAACUACACCACCAGCUUCUCCUAAAACGAUGCCCGCAAAAGACACCAAGCCCCCUGCUGUGCAGAAAACUGAUGAUAAGAAACCAGAGAAACCCCAGCAGGACAAGAUCUUUACAGCUGUACAGGCCACAACUGUACAAGUGGAUAAAACUCCAUCAGCGCCUCCAAAAGCACCAGCAGAUCAGUCUGUCUGUCCACUGUGUAAGGUUGAACUAAAUGUGGGCUCCAAAGAUCCUCCCAACUACAACAUAUGCACACAGUGCAAGAUGACAGCCUGCAAUCAAUGUGGAUUUAACCCAAUGCCAAAUGUGGCAGAGGUGAACGAAUGGCUUUGUCUGAACUGCCAGAUGCAGAGAGCGCUGGGAGCAUCUGAGCCCACUGGACCUCAGCCUGCAGCUAAACCUCAGGCUUCUCCAAGCAAAGCUUUUACACCUCCUUUAUCUGAAAAGCAGGAUACACCACCACCACUAGCCCAAAAAGAGAAAACUACAGAAUCCUCAGCAGUCAAAAAAGAGGUCACUCCACUCAAAAAAGAAACCCCCAAAGCUGAGGCCAAAUCUAUAAAAGAAACACAGGUAGUUUCAAGUACAGAACAAGGAAAGGCCCAGGAUUUAGCUCAGCAGAAGCAGCCAGGUGGAAAAUCUCCACAAGUGCAGCUCUCACAAACAACCAAGCCAGAAGUGAAGACUGGCCCUGCAAAACAAGAAGCUGUUAAAUCACAACAACCUCCAAAAUCUGUGACCCCUCCUACAAAAUCUGUGCCACCACCAGCUCAGCCUCCCAAACAGGAAUCAGGGGGCUUUUUUGGCUUUGGUGGUCCUAAAACACAACCUUCUGCUGCCAAGCCUGCUGAGUCAGUCACAGGGAAGAUGUUUGGCUUUGGCUCAUCUUUCUUAAGUUCUGCAUCCACUUUAAUAACCACAGCUGUUCAAGAUGAAGCAAAAACGACACCACCAACUCCACGCAAGAUGUCCACUGAUAUUCCGAAAACUACACCUCCAGUUUCUCCUAAGAUACCCCCUGCGAGGGAGACUAAACCACCUGCUGCUCAGAAGCAAGAGCCAUCAUCACAGGCUAAACCUGCUCCUUCAGCACGGGCAAAAGUAGAGAAAGCUCCACCAGAACCUGCAAAGAUCACUACGGUGACAAAAGUUGCCCCGAAAGCAGAUCUGUUGACCUGUCCGCUCUGUAAGGUAGAACUCAACAGAGGCUCCGACAAACCCCCGAAUUACAACACCUGCACCGAAUGCAAGAACACAGUGUGCAACCUUUGUGGAUUCAACCCUAUGCCUCAUACAGCAGUGGAGGAAUGGCUGUGUCUGAACUGCCAGACACAAAGGGCUUUGUCUGGACAACUAGGAGACUCAGAGAAGGUACCCCAGCCUCCCCCUGUAUCUGCCAAGUCAGAGACCCAGGCCACACACACAACCAAACAGGCAGAGACCAAAAGUGCUCCAACAAAGGCAGAACCCACACCUGGCACCACAUCACAGCCCAGUCCUGUCCCCAUGAUGGAAACCAAACCUUUAGCAGCUUCAACUCAAAUUGAGGACAAGGCCCAACCCGUACAAACAGCAAAGUUUUCACUAGUUACAGAAGGACCACAGCUUCAAGUGGCAUUUGCAGCAGAAGCCACCACACCCACUGUGGCCCCACUGCAGGAAACAGUGUUACAACCAAAGGUUCAGGAGCCAAACACAGAUAUUUCCAAAACUGUAACUGUAACCAAACAAAAUGAAGUAAAAAUGGAGAUUAGUGGGACAGAAUUGCCCAUACCUGAACCUGAUCUUCAGAAAGUAAAAGUUGAAGAAGAUAUUGCUGCUGCAGCUUCUACAUUCCCAACAACAGAUGCUACAAUUGUACCCAUCUCCCCUAUGGCUGCAAAAGAUGCCCUGGCUGUAGCUGUUGCUGGAACAGAAUCAAAGCCAAAUCCUCCCUCUACUCCAGAGAGGAUUAUAAAGGAAGCACAGCCUGAUGAUCCGAUCAAACCUAUAGCACAAACAAAAUCUUUGCAGCAAGUUGAGGUGUUACCAAAAACACAGGAGACGCAGUUGAUAUUGGAAGCAAAAUCAGAGUUACAAGCAGAGAACAAGACAGUCUCUGAAAACAUGGUUAACAAGAUUCCUGAUGUCACUUCAACUCCACAGACACAAACAGACCCAAUGAACACCAUCCUUGUAAAAGCCCAAGAUGAGACCUGGAAAGAGCCAAUUAAAGAAAGAAGUGUUUCUCCCUCAACUGGGCAGGUUAUACUUGCAACAGAUACAAAGCCUAAAUUGAAAGAACAACAUGAUGAUCAACCCCACAUUUUACCGAUAUCAGAGGAAUUAAAGGAUGAGCAGGUGGUUAGCGACACAAGCAACGAUGAUAAAAAUACAGAACCAACCAUACCAGUAAAAGAGGAAGUCAAAGCUGAAAAAAAGCUCUUAAGUUAUGAAGCAAUGGAUGACAGCAGUGAAAGUGAGCUCACGCAAUCGCCCUCACCUAAAUUCCAAAAGAGGAGGCUAAAGGUAGCAAAGGUUUCAUCCAGCAGCGAGGAUAUCAAAACUGAAAGCAAUGACUCCUCUGUUGAAACUGAAGAGUUCAUCCGCAAACAGAUAAUGGGUAUGGGUGAUGAAGGACAAAUGUCUCUUUCAGAAGAUGAAAAAGACAACGAUUUGGAAAAUCAGGAUGAGAAGGAGGCUACGAUUGAUAAUACUUCAGUGACUGCAUUUUCUAGAGAAGGUGUCAUAGAUAAUGAUGAUAGCCCAACUAGGAAAAUAGCCCUCCCCAUAACUGGCACUUCAACAACACAAGACGUCCCUGAAACAAUGCCUAGCUCUACUUUCAGGAAAGCCAUUCCGGUCAUAAGACAGAGACAAAGCACUGAUGAAGAAGUAGAGAGCAUCACAGAAUCUUUGUCCAAGGGAUCAUCUAGUGUUCAGGCAUCUAGCUUUACUCCAGGAUCUUCACCUACGUCAGCCUCAUCUCUUGAAGAGGACAGUGACAGUAGCCCCAGUCAUAGGAAAGUCAGUGGGGACAAACGUCAUCGCAAAGGUAAACACAGGCAACCAACCCAGCCUCUCCCAACAAUUGAAGACUCUUCAGAAGAUGAGCAGAUGAGGGAAGGAGAGAAGCCUAAGAAAGACAAAGAUCAAGUUAAGGCUCAUGGUCAACCACUGUCUACACCUGAAGAUGUUUCCCCAAGGGGUGAUCUGAGAGGGGUCACUGUCAUGGAUGAAACUAAUAGAACAUCUGGCUCUGACUACUAUGCCAGUGUUGAAUCAGAAUCAGAGGCUAGACAAGCUGUACAGAGAGGACGUAAGCCUUCAACAACAGUGAUACCAUACUCUCCACCUGUAACAAAAUCAUUGAAGAGUGCAGAAGAAGCAUAUGAGGACAUUAUUCAAAAUACAAUAAUGAUUCCUGGGGAGAGUCCUCCUGAUAUUGAGCCACUCUUUGGAGGAAUGUCAAUUGAGGACUAUCUUUAUGAAUCCUUGGUUGAGGAGCCUGAUAUAAGAAUGAGUGAAUCUCAAGAGGCUACAGGCUUUGAAUCUCUAAAAAAACUCAGGUCACCCGAGGAGGUUUAUGAGGAAAUGAUGCAGAAAAAAAGAGAACUGAUAAUGAUAGAGCAAGAAUUUCAUCAGGCCCAGACUGCCAUAGAAAGUUCUGCCACUGGGUCUUCAGUUACUGAGCCUCUAUCAGUUGCUGAGACCUGUGUGGUAACUAUUCCGACGGAAGAGUUCCUCACUGGUCAAACUGAAAUUCCUCUCAUGGAAACUGAAUCUUCCAAUGAACUACUCACAAGGAAAAAGAAACGGCCAGCUCCACCACGCCCUUCUGAACCACCCAAGCGCACUGACAUGGCAGUUGUUCCCAGCACUCCAAGUGUAUCUAUAGGUUUUGUUAGGCCUAUGCUUCCUCAGGAUCCUGCACUCAGAAAAUCAUUGUUCCCCAUACCAGACCUCAAGAUUACCCAGUGUUCAUCUGGGGAGGAAGAAGAUGACAGUCUAGCAGAUGAGUACGGUGUGGGUAUUUCAUCUGACAUUACCCCCAGUGAUGACUCUGAGACCAAAGAUUAUCCAUCCACAAGCCCACCUUUCUUUGAAACUGCAGAAAUUGAGCCUAUAUGUGUAGUUUGUGAAAUGCCAGAGCCAAAACCCAUUCCAACUCCAAUAUCAGCCCCAGAGCUCACCACUUCACCAUCCCCUGUGUCACCAGUAUCACCUCCAACUUCACCGGCCAAUUCAGAUUCCAGUUUACUUUCCAAUUCUACAUCCCCAUUCCAGGCUCAAACACCUGUUUCAUCAGAUUCAACUCCAUUGUCUACACCAACACCUCCAACCUCAUUUAUAACACAAUCACCUACAGAAAUGUCAUCACCAUCACCUACCACAGUUGCAGCAUUAUCAUCUAGUGGGGGCUCAUUCUCCCAGUUCACUCCAACAACAAUUAUAGUUACAAUACCAGAUGUGGUUUCUGAUCCAUCCAAAUCUCAAUCAACUGCAGCAACCCAAGUGAAACCUUCCGAAUCCCCAAGUCAAGUAGAUACGUCAACUGUGCCUGUGGUGGUCCAAAUGCCAGACUUAGUAUCAUCUCCAUCUCAGAUGCCUAUUGAGGCACCAGCUGUUAUACAGGCCUCCGCACCAAGUCCAGCACCUGCUGUUGUUUCAGCUCAGUCUGCAACCCUAGUUUCAGCUGCACCUGUUGCAGUCUCCACUUCAGGUGCAUCUCAUGCUUUUUCUGCUUCUCCGACAUCAGGCCCAGGGCCAGUCAUCGUCCAGAUGCCGGACAUAGUGUCAACUACAUCUCCAAUUGUUGCACAAACUCCACUAUCAGUCUCAGCACUUGUGACAACCCCUGCUCAAGCCCGAGCUAAGGUGGUACACUCAGUCCCUGUACAACCAGUUGUGCCAUCAGUGAGCCCAGUGGUAGUUCCAGUUCCAGCUCAAACAACCAAGGUGCCACCACCAGCUCUGGCAUCAACAACUAUCAUCAAAAAGAAGGUUCCGCCCCCUCCUCCCCCUCGGUCUACAUCAGUGUCAUUACCUGAGCCUAACACAGAACUGCCUCUUGUAAGGAAUGCUCAGCAUGUCACCCCUGCUGUGACCACUACCACAGCUAUUGGAAGCACAGCACCUGUCCAGCCACUGCAGUCUGUAGUUGUGGAUAUACAACCAAGAAUGGAGGACAUAAAACCAGACCAUGUAACUGAACCUUGCAUCGUGACCCCAACCAGACAGGGGCAUGUAGUCAUCAAAGUGCCUAGUGGGGAUUAUUCAUCUCUACUUGGACAAGCUCAACAAGAUAUUACUAGCACAGGGUUAAAUGCUUACAAUACCUCUCUGCCACCAAUUACUCAAAUAGCCACUGACCCUGCUUUGGAUAUGUACAGUUCACUUAGAACUUCACCAUCCUCUGAACUGUCAGCACUACCAGUAGCUUCAGCUCCACCACUUCCACUUAAACCCAUGACAGGGACAAAAGCUGUAGACACAGUUGAAAUACCUGUGGCAGAUACACCUCCACCACCACCACCACCACCACCACCACCUACUGCAUUACCCAAGCCAACUGUUUAUCCAAAGCCACAUGUUCCCACUGCAGUUGCAAUUGCUACAGCAACAGUAGGACAUGUCUAUGUUAAGACAGCUGGUCCCAUUCAAACUACCAAGCCUCCCCCACCCAUACCACCUAAGCCUAUAUCUAUUCCAGCUGGACUGGUUUUCAGCCACAAGCCAGGAGAGAGUGUCAAGCCACCACCUCCCCAUGUAGCCCUGAAAGCUGCAACACUACCUAGGACCAAGGAACCUCCCAAUGCUCUGUCGCUUAGCCUGACACGACCUGUGGAAUCUAAGUUGGGUGCAACAUCCCCUAAGUCACCUUUGUCUCCUAGACAUGCCAAAUGUUUGCAAACCUAUGUGGUAAUAACUCUUCCAUCUGAGCCUGGCUCACCAACUGAGGUUAUAACAGUCCAGGCACCUGCAAGACGAGGCUCCGUUCCGUCUGCAAAAGUGUCUGGGGUACGGCCUACACCUUUAGAGCAAAAAGCACCCACUGAGGUAUUCUCAGCACAGGCAACAGUGAGGACAGCCUCUGUUCCAUUGGUAAGGCAUCCACCUCCAGUUCCUGUGCCUCUAACUGUUGCAGUGGAGCAAGUUACAUAUUCUGCAGCAGUUGCUGAAGUGCAAACAAGGAGAGACUCUCUACCCCCUGUAGUGCAACCACCACCAUCUGUAGCUGAAGUCAUCAUGGUGUCAUCCUGUCCAGACACAACCAUCCAAGUGCAUGCUGUACCUCCUCCAAUCAAGAAAGCAUAUGUGCAAAAAGAACAAUCAACUGUUCAGCCACUCUCCCCACCCGGAAUUAUAUCUGAGCUAAUAUCGAUGCCCCCUAAGGUUCUUAUUCAACCUCUGACAAUCCAAGCCAUGGCAAGACCACAGUCUAUACCAUCUGUGGCUCACCAACAACAUAUGCCAAUAGAGGUAACAUCAGCUUUACCAGGGGUUUCAAAUCAAGGACUUGUUCCUCAUGUCCCAAUAUCAACUUUACCUGUGCAGCCACAGCCACUGAAAGAAGUUGUAAUUGUACCACUGCAACCUAUAGAUCCACUAGUUCCACAAAAUAGAUCAGCUACAGUCACUUCAACUUUUAAUUACCCAAAGAUUGCAACUCAAAUAGAAAUGCUACAGAAAGAACAGAAUGUACCUCCUAAUCUAUCUGAGGGGGCUAUAAUAUCAGUUAUAACUGAAGUGGGUGAGCAACUUCCUGUUCAUGAGCAACUGACAGAAGUUGAAAUAAUAACACGACCUGCAGAUAGACCAGAUGGUCACACAAUUGCUGAGCUCUCAUCAAUACCACAAAGUUUCCUGCCUUUACAUGUGGAGAUAGAGCAGCAUCCACACGUGGAAACCCUGCCUACACAGUUUGAAUCACCUACUGAGGUUAUUUCCAUCAAUGCCGCUGAAAGAGGACCAUCAUCAGCAUCUACAGUACCACAAUUCCAACUUGUAACAGCUGAUGUUACCCCAAUACCUGAAGUAGCUAAGUCAAUGCUGCUAGCCACAAUUGAUAAGGUGAUCAUUCCAACAGUUACUGAAAUAACACAAUCACCUCUUGUCACUAAAGUGCAGCAAAUGGUAGUGCAGCCAGAAGUACCUCAUGUUCCUUAUUUACCACAGGUCUAUAAAGCAAUUUCAUCUUCUGUCAUUUCACAUUCUACACCACCACUGGAGGUCAUUGCAUUGCAGCCGGAACAUGAGACUCCCAUAGAGAUCAUAACACAAAGUGCUUCAGAUGUAGCUUCAGUUCCAUUAUCCAUGCCAGUAGGAAUUGUUAAAACAGAGGAAACCACAAGUAAGCGGAGGACAUCUGUAUCAUCCAUAGUACAGCCAGUAUACACAACAAGUGAGAUAUUUUCCCAUCCUGUAGAAUAUGAUAUACCCACACAGGUUGUUACGACGGAGGCCUUUGCUGCAACCAGGAGAGAAUCCAUAACUAUGCAGCAACCAUUACUGUCAGCACAGGUUAUAAACAUGCCAGCUGAGAAAGACAUUCCCAUGGAAGCUUAUGGAAUCCAUGUUCCUUACAGAAGAGAAUCUAUUUCCUCAGCAGAACAACAACCACACGUGAUAACUUACCCAUCUGAAUUGGAACAGCCUCUGGAAAUUAUAGCCACUGAGGCAUAUGCUCGAAGAACCUCAAUACCCACUGCACAGGACAUUCCACAGGGUGUUUCUGUGGCCCCAGUUUCCGUCACUAAAAUUCAGCAAGAGUCUAUUGAGAGCCAAGAGAUUCGAGGACCAGAAAAGGUGGUCUCAAGUUUGAGUCACAUGUAUUCUUCGUCAGUUUCCACUUUAGGGCAACCCCCUGAGAGCCUGCCUAGUCUGGUCACUCAGGUGGUCACCACUGAGGUCCAGAGGACCACUGUUUCUGUUGUCCAUGAAAGACUUCCACAGGCCCCUUCAAGUAUAGCAAUCACUAUGCAACCAGAUGUAGCUAAAGUCCAACCUCCCCCGAAAAAGAAUGGGAAGAUGAUAUACCCUGGUGAUGUCAUUGAUUUACGUACAAUGAAGGUUGGUGUCAGAAUGACAGAACAAGGCAUGGACCUGACACAGCCUGACUCACGUCGACAGUCUUUUUCAAGUGACUGCAGUGGCCGUCAAAUUACAGCAGUGCAGCCUGAGAUAGUGAAUCUUAGUUCUCAGAUCACCCCUGCAACCACAUUGUCUGUUGUUACAGACAGCAUCACAAUAGUUACUUGUACAGCCACCAUCGCUUCAUACAACAAAGCUGCUGCUGAGAAACCCCUCGAUAUACAAGGCAAUGUUAUGGCAUUACCUCUGCCUGUCAAAUCAUGCAAACCAUUUGAACCAAUAGCACAGAUUGUAUAUAAACCUGUGAACUCUGAGACUGUUGUCAGUGCUGUUGCAACUACAGCUCAGGAAAUACCCAUUAAUCUCUCCUUUGGAGCUCUUGUCUCACCAGCAAUCAAACAACCAGCAGCUGUCAGCAAUGAAGGUCCUGUUCUUUCUCUAGAAGCCAUGGAUUUAUCCAACUACAGACCAGUGAGAGCUAUGGUAGCUUUAUCGAGCACAAGCCCAGGAGUGGUGACCACUGUUGUAGAGGAUGAUGGAACUCCCGUUGACCUUACAGCUGGUAGGAGGAGUGUAUGCUGUGAUGUCAUUUACAAACUUCCAUUUACAGGAAGCUGCAGAAGACAACCCCCAGUUACAACCCAGCUUGACAACCACUUUGGUGACAGAGAUGACCAUUACCAAUACGACAAGGCUGGAAUUUAUAGAAUCAAAGGCAUGAAUGGUGUAAAAGCAUCAAUGUCUGAGUCCAACCUUACAGAUGCAGGACUUUUCUCCAGUGAUCCCAACAGUGACUAUGCCUAUCUCAUUGGAACUUCAGAUGGUGCUAUAGACCUCACUGCUACCAAACUUCCAUCUGGUAAAGCUCUUGACUACACGAACAAAGCUACUGGAGACUAUCCUGGGAUGACUACUACUCCUUACUCCCAGGUUUCUGCAGCUGGUUUUGGUGUAAAUAGUGUUCUACGAACCUCAGAUGGAAUUGUUUACUCCUCUGUUGCUGACCCAGUUCCAUCCACAUAUGCAAUUACAACUCAACCAGGCUCUGUCUUUAGCACCACCUUAACUCCUACAUCAACAGUCCAAAACCAGGUAUUGCCACAUCCGUAUGGCUUCAUUCCAACUACAGACCCAGGACAAAUAAUUCCUUAUGACACAGGUCUACCUAAGGAGCUCAUACCCCCAGCUUUGACUGACAUUAUAACAGGUUAUCCAGAUAUGUACUCUGAUAUUACCCUGGAAGCGAUUGCUGCCUCUCUUGAUGCUUUGGCCUCUUCUCCAAUGUUCCCUGGCCUAGACAAUACCAAGAUGGCCCAGUAUCAGAUGGAGAGGGAGAUUCUAGAGCUAGAAAAGCUUAAACAGCUAUGUCUUGCUGAGGAGUUGGAAUGGGAGAGGCAGGAAAUUCAGCGUUACCGUGAACAGGAGCAGCUUAUGGUUCAAAGGGAGCUUGAGGAACUUCAGGCACUAAAACAGCAGCUUCUCUUACAGCAAGAGGAAGAGCACCAUGCACACAUGGUGGCCCAGCAGGAGACCUAUGCCCAGCAGAAAGAACAGCUGCAGCAAAUCCAACAACUCCAAUUGCAACUCCAACGUCAGCUAGAUGAGCAUUACGGUAGCAGUGGUUCUACAGGAAAUCUCCUUGAUGCUAAAUAUGCAGGAGUGGGAGACAGUGGCCAGUACUGGCCAGUCAGAGAUGAUUCUACAACUCCAUGUAUUGGAACAUAUUUAGAGGAAAACCGAGACCAACUUAGUUUAGUAAAGAAGCCUCAAGCUGAUCAGGACACAGGGAAAAGAAUAAUUGAUAGUGGAGUACAGACAGAUGAUGAAGACUCAGCAGAGAAGCAGCAUGUAGGGAAGAGAAAGAAGAGUAAGAGAAGUGCUGAAAGCUCAGCUCAGUCGGAUGAUGAGGACCAAGAUGAGUGGGAUACUCCUUCAAAAGCUCGACGACGCUCUCGAAAACAUAGCAGUGAUGGGAAACAUGGCUCCAAGGUCUCUAGCAUUGCUAUCCAGACAGUAGCAGAGAUAUCUGUCCAGACUGACCACUCUGGAACUAUCAAACGUCCUAAUGUCCAGAUGGACACGAAGGUGGAAAUCAUCAAACAUAUCUCAGCUCCAGAGAACUCUCAGAGAGGUGGCAGUCUGAGCUGUCAGACGGACUCAGAUAGAAGACAUGUACCUAUUGAUGUGGGCUUCAGUACACACCUAACAGCAGAUCUCCCCUCUAAGUCUAAAGUCUUUUAUACUACAGUCUCCCCACUAUCCCCAGAAAAGUCUCUUGGAGGCCAGAGAAUGUUAACUGCUGACCCAGCUAGAUUUUCCUCUGGUCCACGUAUAUUGAAGUCUGGUCAGAAAUCGCUAUCGGAUCCUAUGUCCCUUAGUCCUUCAAGAGAAGACAGGAUGGGUGGAUACAGUGGAGACAUCUAUUCUGGUCGAGGCUCUUCUACUGGCUCAGGUAAAAAGGUGAAACGGACACUACCAGACCCUCCUCCUGAGGAUGAGUCUCUGACAGGACGGUCAGGCUACAGCACCAACUCUGCACGUCGCCGCCUUGCCCGCAGUACUACAAUGGCUCGUGCAAAGAUACUGCAGGACAUUGACAAGGAGCUUGAUCUGGUGGAGAGAGAAUCAUCCAAACUUCGCAAGAAACAGGCUGAGCUAGAUGAAGAGGAAAAGGAGAUUGACGCCAAGCUGCGGUACCUGGAGAUGGGUAUAAAUCGGCGUAAGGAGGCCUUGCUGAAGGAGAGAGAGAAAAGAGAAAGGGCCUAUCUCCAGGGGGUGGCAGAGGAAAGAGAUUAUAUGUCAGAUAGUGAGGUUAGCAACAUCAGAGAAGCAAGGGGUGAUGGCCUGGAGAGACCACGGACGGCUCCCCAAUCAGAGUUUGAUCAAUUCAUCCCUCCGCAGACGGAAGCUGAUUCCCAGUACAACACACUUACUAGUCCCUACUCACACUAUGCCCAAUAUGUUCCUCAGACCCAAACCACAAGCCACUACACCCAACAGAAUCUAUAUGAGCAGCAGUCCCUUUACCACCAAGUGUCUCCUUAUCCAACUCUAUCUUUGUCCCACGCCCAGGCUCAGUCUAGCAGCUACCAACAUGCACUGCUCUUGCAACAGGGAAAGCAGCGACAAACUACUCUGUCUGAUUUAGAGCCCAAGAUCACCACCAACUACGAAGUAAUACGCAACCAGCCUCUGCUAAUUGUGCCAACCUCUACAGAAAGUGGAUAUGGAGUUGCUCACUUGGGGGGCAAGUAUGGUAGCUUGGAUUUGAGGCUAGGGAUAGAGGAAAGGAGCAUGGCCUCUAGUCCUAUGUCCAGCAUCUCAGCUGAUUCUUUCUAUGCUGAUAUUGACCACCACAAUGCGAGGAACUAUGUGUUGAUUGAGGACAUAGGGGAGCUUACCAAGGCUUCAACAGGGCUAAGCAACACUGGCUUAGGUUCUGGAUUCAGUUUGCCUGAUAAAGAGUUGUCCAAAGCAGACAGGCUACUCAGAGCAGCAGAAGUCAGGCGCACAGCAGAGGUGGCAGAUUUUUUAGGCACAGCCCGUCUUCAAGGUUAUGGUAAAGGAGAAGAUGACACUAUGGAGGAACCAUAUGAGCUGAAACUACUGAAGCAGCAAAUCAAGCAGGAAUUUAGGCGAGGAACUGAGGGGCUGGAACACUUGACAAGUCUGGGCCUACCCCAGUUUCUCCCCAGUGACAGCAGUUUUCGUCACUUUCCUAAAGGGGAGAAAUACAGCAUUGGCAGGCUCACCCUUGAAAAACAGGCUGCAAAGCAACUCCCAGCAGCUGUGCUUUACCAGAAACAGAUGAAGAACAAAAAGGCCCUAAUAGAUCCUAAAGCAGUUACAAAAUUUUCUCCAAUUCAGGAAAGUAGGGACCUGGAGCCUGACUUUGGAAGUUACAUGGGAUCUGGGGCCUCCUCUGUGACUAACCUGGCUGCUAGAGCCAGGUUGCUUCAGGACGAAAUUACAUUUGGACUAAGAAAGAACUUGUCUGAGCAGCAAAAAUAUUUGGGCUCCUCUCUGGGGGCCAACCUAGCUGGUUCUCUUAAUCUUGGGCAGUCCAUUGGAUUGGGAUCUGCGAUCAGGGCCACUGCCCACGAUGAUGGCACCUACCCCAGUGGCUCACGUUCCCGUCCUUCAUCUCGCCCCUCCUCCCGCCCUUCUUCUGUCUAUGGCUUGGAUCUUUCUAUCAAACGGGAUUUAUCUAGCUCCUCGCUUAGACUAAAAACGGAGGGAGAGGUCCUGGAUGCAGCAUUUGCCUCUGGCAUGGCCAGAGCAAAGCCAACUAGUUUACCUAUCAGCCAAAGCCGGGGCCGUAUCCCCAUUGUGGCUCAGAACUCUGAGGAGGAGAGCCCUCUGAGCCCAGUGGGGCAGCCUAUGGGCAUGGCUAGAGCCUCAGCUGGACCUCUCCCUCCAAUCUCUGCUGACUCCAGGGACCAGUUUGGGUCCAGCCAUUCCCUGCCAGAGGUACAACAACAUAUGAGGGAGGAAUCUCGAACACGGGGAUAUGAUCGAGACAUUGCAUUCAUCAUGGAUGACUUGCAAGGCGCCAUGUCGGACAGUGAAGCACUAAGUGAGUCCAUGCUGGCUUUGAACAGAGAUGAUGCCAGAAUCUUUCAUGAAAGUAUCAGACACGCUGGAGGCCCAAACUGGAAUAUAGAAGCCUACCAUCUGAGGAGAGAGGACACAGACUGGUUUGACAAGCCAAGAGAAGGACACCUUCAGGGUGGAAACAUGUCAGACAGGAGACAGAUCAAACUGGUUCCUUAUGCCUUCCCUCACACUCGCACCACGCUUAAGAGAGACCCCAUGGACACCAGUGUGUCAGGGAACGGACUUGGGAUCUGUGUCGUGGGUGGCAAAGACAUUCCCGGGGGCAGAGGAGAGAUCGGAGCCUACAUCGCCAAGGUUAUUCCUGGCGGUGUGGCAGAACACACAGGAAAAGUUGUCGAGGGAAUGCAGGUACUAGAGUGGAAUGGAGUCCCUCUGAUGGGAAAGACUUAUGAAGAAGUGCAGUGCAUCAUGGGCCAGCCAUGUGCAGAGGUGGAGCUCUGCCUGAGACUCGACCUUAAUAUGCUGUCUGACCCUGAGCACCCACAAGCCCUGGAGCACCAUGUCCAGCUUAAGGCUGGUGGCCAGCGUUCACCGGGAGUGGAUCCUAAGCAGUUGGCAGCAGAGCUGCAGAAGGUGUCCCAGCAGCAAGGUCCUGGUGUGGCUGGGACAGGAAUUGUGCCUGGGGGUUUGGGUGUCCUGUCUGCACUGGAGCGUUCGGCUCUUCUCCAUUCCGGAACUGGAUCGGCUGCCUCCAGUGGUGUGCCGAGCCCUGGUCAGCCCGCAUCCCCUGCCAUAAACAAGAAACAGCGACACAAGCCAGCAGAGGUGAUGAAUUUGCCUCACCCCAUCACUGGAGAAAUUCAGCUCCAGAUCAACUAUGACAGGAACCUUGGAAACCUGAUCGUUCAUGUCCUGCAGGCUAGAAACCUAGCCCCGAGGGACAAUGACGGCUACUCCGACCCCUUUGUCAAGGUCUACCUCUUACCAGGGAGAGGCCAAGUCAUGGUUGUCCAGAAUGCAAGUGCUGACAACAAGAGACGGACCAAGUAUGCCCAGAAGACAAUGAAUCCAGAAUGGAACCAGACUGUCAUCUACAAGAACAUUCAUUUGGAGCAGUUAAAGAAAAAGACGUUGGAGGUGACAGUGUGGGAUUACGACAGAUCCGCCUCCAACGACUUCCUCGGAGAAGUGUUGAUUGACCUCUCAAACACCACUCAGCUGGACAACACUCCUCGUUGGCUGCCUCUGAGGGAGCAGAGUGAGACUAUUGAGCAGAGUAGAGCUCACCAUGUUUCUCAGGGCCCACCAGGCUCUGGGUCAGGUCAGGGACACGGACACGGACAAGGCCACGGUCAUAUGUCAGUGCCUGGGAUGGGGCCUGGACAUGGAAUGGGACAGGGCCAAACACUGGGACCGGGAGAUGGGAGUAAUGAUUCACCGAAAAACUCCGUAAUCAAGAGCAGAAGUCAUGGAAUUUUCCCGGAUCCGUCUAAAGACAUGCAGAUGUUGCCUUUGGAGAAGUCACACAGCAGCCCGGGCAGCUCCAAGUCGUCCUCUGACGGGCAGCUUCGCUCCCACGGCCCCUCCCGCAGCCAAAGCAAGAGCAGCGUCACUCAGGCUCACCUCGAGGAUGCUGGGAUAGCCAUUGCUGCCGCCGAGGCUGCCGUGCAACAGGCCCGCCUGCAACCAAGACCAGGUCACCGGCUCGCUGAUGUCUCGGGGUCAGUGGUGCUGUCUGCCCCGAGUCUUGUGGGAGACACCUAUGGCGGUCUGGACGGGGAGGAGGGGGCGGGCACUGGAGUGGACAGUGCCAUUUUUCAAGUACCACGCAUUGGUAAGACUAUCCCCAAUGGCACUGACAAAAACCAACUAGAGACCCCAGAAAAUGAAGCUGCUAACACACAGAUAAUGGGCGAAAUCAAGGUCGCUUUCAAGAAAGAGGUGAAAACGGAAGGAGACCAGCUGGUUUUGGAGAUCCUCCAAUGUAGAAACAUCACGUACAAGUUCAAAAGCCCAGACCACCUACCAGACCUGUAUGUGAAGUUGUAUGUGGUGAACGUGGCCACUCAGAAGAGGAUCAUCAAGAAGAAGACCCGAGUUUGUCGACACGACCGGGAGCCCUCUUUCAACGAGACCUUCCGCUUCCCGCUGAACCCAACAGGACACGCCAUACAGCUUUUCCUGGUGUCUAAUGGGGGGAAGUUCAUGAAGAAGACCCUGAUCGGUGAAGCCUACAUCUGGCUGGACAAGGUGGACAUGAGAAAGAGAGUGGUGAGCUGGCACAAGCUGUUCGUCAGCUCCACUCUGACCAACCCGUGAACGCCACACCGAGAUGGAGAGGCCGAUCAGAGGAAGGUGAAACCAGACUGUACCAAUGCAGAGAUACCAGUUUGAUAUAUAUAUAAAAAAAGAAAAAUGGAUGAGACAAACAACAACAAAAAAAACAACCGUUUGUUUUGAUUUAUUUCCUCAGUUGAUAAGUUAAGGACGUAGAGGAGGUAAUUACCAUUCAAAUGUUAUCAGUGCAACACUGCCAGCACACGUCCACCUCCUCCGCUCACGUCCCACGAGUCUUUGCGGGUUGUAGACUUUGCUCGUUGGAUGCAAACACGCAGAAAUGCCGCGAUGUGUUUCUGUCACUGGUUUAAGUCGCUAUCCAUGAGCUGAACAGAGAUUGUAUUAAAAAAAAAAAAAAAAAAUGAAGAAAGAAUUUCACUUUGAUCACGAGCCAUCGACUGCAUUGUGUUUUUGUGAUACAUGAGUCAUCAUGAUGCUUGUGGAUGUCAUUGCAUUCCACGGUGAGGAGGAUACACGAUGCUUGUAUGAUAUUAAUAUACAUGUAAAAAAGAAAAAAAAAAGGAAUAUAUAGGAGUGAGUGAGAGGUUAAUUUUGUUAUGUACAGCACUUCAGAUGUAACAUAUCGCACAGAACAUAUCGGAGAAGUCACAUUGUACAGUGUGAUACUUAUGUAGAAUACAGAGAUAUCAGAUUCAGAAUCUAUCUAAAUACAAUAUAUGAUUAUCUUAACACAAGCUUAUAAUAGAAGAGAAGAUAUAUACACAUAUGAUCUGUAUCAUACUGAGGCUGUGGGUGGCGCACUGACAAUCCAGAAGGCUCCUUUAGGCCGCGGUGUAGGCAGUCUUUCACGUGGUUACCUGAAUGUGGAGCUAUUCUGAUCCAAUAAAGAUCAAUGUCAACAUCCAGUGACGUGACACUGUUUCACUGGUACGCUUUCAUGUCGGGCAGUUUAAAAAAAACGCAGGAACGCCAACGGCUUCUCGUGCCAGAAGCACGUGUUCUGUGUUCAAUGUUAGAUGUAAGUCAUCACAUCUGUGUCACGUGGAACAGGAUUUCACUUCAAAGGUGUUGUAGUUGCCCAGAGUGUUGAGAUAUUUUGAGUGUCGUCUGUCGGGCUGUCACUUUUUGUGAAAAUGAGGUUUGAAACAAUAUAACGUGACCUGCUAUUAACACAACUUUAUUUAUUAAUACAAAAUUAUUAAUAAAUAAUUGACUUAUUUUUUUUAUUAAUAAAAAAAAAGGAAGUCAACCUAAUGACUUACUUUUAGUCAUUAGGUUGACCACUUGCCUAUCUGAGAUGCCCCCUGCGCCGCGUCACGGUUCAGUUUGCGUCCUUUCAUUUUCAUAGUAAAAUGACAAAACAUUGCUUUUGUUUGUCUUUUUUCUGAUGGGCCAAGAGGGCAUUCAAAGUGGAUCUACAGCCAGACUGCAAAAAGCUCACAGCACCCUCUGUUGGAGCACAUAGUAAUGACUUCAGACUUCCGCCUGGGCUGUAUAUUUCAAAACUUGAAUGAACUUUUUUGCCCCCAAAGUUUGUAUCAAUAUCUGAAAUGAUGGUAAGAAAAGUGACAGCCCCAGUAGCCCUUCAUGUAUCCCAGCCAGCAUGUCCAUGUGGCUCAUCAGGGUUAUAUUCAGGCCCCACCUGUGUUUGCCCAUUUAGUACCCUUUCUGCCUGGGUGGGUACUAAGUGGGCAAAUUAUGCAGGUCCCAUAUGGUUUCAGUACCAAGGAGAAGCCCAUGUGGACAAACCCACUUAAGACCCAUAUUGUCAGCCCGGAUAGAACCCUUAAGGGGACCGCAUGGACAAGCUGGCUGUGUAUAAUGUAUGACACUAUUGGAAUGGACGUGUAAUUCACACAUUGUGUCAAAAAUCACAUUACGUUGACACACAACUGUCAACAUUCGCGUGUGUGUGUGUGUGUACAUACAGCCGCCUCGGGUUUGACGUCAGCUCAAAACGAAAAUGAAGAAAAUCUAUUCCUAUCAGUCAAAUGUCAAGGUUCGUCUGUGUGUCUCGCUGUUUUGUGUCAGUGACUCCCGUCAGAACACAGUGAACCAGCCUCUUUCACUGCCUGUGACCAACGCACUCACUCACUCACUCACUCAGUCACUCAGGCCCACCGGGGUUCACUAACAUUUAGGUCAGAAGAGAAAACAUGACGCCACUUCUGUGUGAGCAGGUGACCCGUGUAUCCAUGCUGUCAUGUUUUGCCACCAUAUCUACAGAAUUGGGGAAUAAAAAAAAAAAAAAAGCAUGAUCAAGUGAUCCUCUGUCAGUGUAUU